AUGUCCUCAUGUUUUGCCAACGUCAUGACUAACAUGCCACCGAAAUGUCUUGUUUUCCAGGCCUACACGUUCCUCUUCAUCAGCUCCAUGUGUAACCCUAUCAUCUACGCCUUCCGAUCUCCGGCUUUCCGUGAAGGCUACAAGGAGAUACUUUGUCAGACACCAAAUUACGUCAUCAGCGACGAUUGGCCAACGGUGCACCGGACAGGCGGAUAUCUGCAAGCGCUGACCAGCUACGUCGUGUUGACCACAAAGAGCUUAGCAUCUUCAAUGGACAUCCAGCUAACUUGGUGUAUCCUUACGCCACUGGCCAACACAGCUCCAGUGAUCUUUCUGAUGAGAGACUCUGAGCAAGUCUCCAGAACCAACAGGUUGUCAUCCAUCAUAUCAACUUUACGUCGUGGCAGUUCUGUCAGUUCAGGGCGUCGCAACACUGUCACAUCCAUGUAUGACGUCAAUAUCGAGCCCAUGAGUCCAUCAGAAGGCGGAGGGCGAUUCAAAGCAGCUCGUCAAAAAAGUUUAUUUAAAUUAUUGAGGUCAACUCGACAGUCCAACGCUCAAAGUGUUGUUCAUCGCAAUGGGGAUUUAAUUAUAAUGAAAGGUGGUAAAAUUGUAAGCGUCAGGCGAGGGACAGAGGGGAGAGAAGGCAGUCCAUUCUUAGACCGCAUGCAAAGACUGCAGGAGCAGGCAAAGAAAAGUGGGGAGAUAACUGCAGCGCUGGCAGGUCCAGGGCAGGUCAUGUUUGGGUUAAUGUGUGAGAGGAUCAAGAGCAGUGACGACCAGAUGAAGAGAAAAUCUGACAACGACAACAACAACGACAGCUUAUCGGAUGUCAGCGAUGACGUUUUUACAGAAAACUCAUCCAGUUUGGACAACCAGGAUGAUAAAGAAGAUGAAACUUGUAAUGGUCAUUCUGGUCCGAACUCUAAUUCACAUCAAAAUGGGAAAAUCAAACACACAAAUCACAAACGUAAAAGGAAACCUCGCAAGAAAUCUAAACCAGAGGCUGAGAAAAUAUCUAAUUCUCUGGACAUUGAAGCUGGUGUCUUAUCUACAAAUAAGGAUAUUGAAAAUAAAAAUGUCGAUAGUAAAAAUCAGGAAUUUAAUACAAUAGAAAAUUUAGUGGCAAAUAUUCAUAAGGAGUUUACAGAUUUCACAUCAGUUCAUAGACAAUCUGCUUUUGUCUGUGAAGAUAGUGAAAAGAAAAGACACAUCUCUAAUAGUACUGAGUCACUCAGGGAACUCUGCAGGUCAGCUCUGAGUAAAAAUUCAACAGGUAUUGUGAUAAAUGUUUCUGAGGAUAAUGAAAUCUUAAAUGUGAUGCCUUUAACUCCAAACACUAGGGAGCACUUGGCCAAGUCUGACAUGCAUCUUGACCAGGAUAGCACUGCAAGGCAUGGUCCACCUGGCGGGCAUGUGCCAUUCUGCAGUCAUGUGACUGAACACAACAGAUUACAGCCGUCAAAGCCUUUUCCUGUUUCUCAUAGCGCUAUCAACAUGUCCCGCCUGCAGCCUGCCAAGCCUUUACACUUGUCUCAGAGUUUUGACAAUCUCUCACGUCGACCUGCUCACAUGAGGCGGCUUCCCUCAGUCGAAUACCUGGAUCCACCUGUCCAUAUCUUCAGGUCUCACAGCAAUGUUCACAUGAGUACAGUAGCUGAGCAUGUCAGGUCCAGGUCUAAAUCUCCACAGUCAAGGUCACGGUCUAAGUCACCUGAUCACAAGGCAGGCACCAAAUCUUCAAACUUACGCUCACUUUCCCCAUUUCGAAGGAAGAAUAUCUCCAAUGAAAAUACAUUUCUUUAAACUAUGUUACUGUUAGUUUAGAGCAGGGGUCUCCAAACUUUUCAGUCCGAGGGCCGCAUUAACCAUCGAAUUUCAGUUCGGGGGCCAGUUUCUUCCAGGCAUGUCUUUGAUUUUUCUGGGCAAACUUCCUCAGCCAUCACCAACAAACGAUUUUUCCUUGGACAAAAAGAUUUCUGCGGGCCGG